AUGUCGGACAACUUGUCCCACUCUAUUACCAAUGCCCUUAUGGCGUCUAGUCAUGCCCCCAGUCUGACAUGUCCCAAGGCCUCUGAGGAUAAGCCGGUGGUCCCUAGCGGUCGUAAGGCUACGAAGAAGACUCACAAUGUGGGCGAGCAUACCUCCAAAACUGAACUGACUGACAGGUUGCGUCCUGUUACCACUGAGGACAUGGGGCCCCUACGUAAAGAGCCAUCUGCCAGACAAAAGCAGUGUGGAUAUGGAAGAGGGCAAAAGCCCUAA